AUGUCACUCUCCAAGCCCAAGAAGAUCCCCAACGAGACCUUCUGCAUCAUCGCGCUCCACUCGCACAAUGUCUUCGUGCAUUCGAGUGCGGCCGGCGACGGCGCCGGCAUCAAGACGCGCGUCGAGGGUGGCUGGCCCGGCUUGGGCACCGACCGGCCGAGCUCGGACUACCUCAAUGCGCAGCGCACUGCGUGCCACGGGCUGCUGCCGGCCGACGUGAAGAAGAUCCUCAGGGCCUGCCGAGACAACUUCGACCGCCUCUGCCUGCCCUACCUCCAGCUGGUCAAGCGCACCGACAACUUGCUCGACUUCAAGAACUUGGUGCAGAAGGCGGCGCGGCACCACCCGGACCUGAACAUCAUGGAGAUGAUGGAAGGCAACAAGUACACGGGCGCGUGGACCGAUGCCAACUACUCCCGCGUGAAGGUCGACAUCGAGCACAUCAUCGCGUGGUCCAAGCUGGCCGGCAACAUCGCGCACUUCAAGUUCCUCUACGCGUCCGGCAUCUUUGAGCAGCGCUACGUCCCCUUCCUCGGCGUCGACGUCGACUCGACAGACCGCGACUACCAGGUCGCGCUCGUCGCCUCGGUCGGGGUGCGCGACAUGGGAGCAUUGUGGGAGCUGAACAUCAUUCCCUACGCGGGCCCGCUGCCGUCCUCGUCCCGCCGCCCGUCGGGAGGAAUCACGCCUGCCCUGGCCGGGCUCGUAGCGGCCGCCAGCGAGGGACGCCCCUGCCUCACGGACGGGACCGCCACCGCCGACGCGGUCAUCGGCGUCGACGCGCCGUACCUGCUCUGCCAGAAGCCCCGCCUGGUCGUCUCCUCGAACGGCACGCUCGGCUUUAACCCGCGCAACGUUUCGCGCGACCGGCAGAGCGGCAUCAUGUCGGCUGCGGACGAGGACUUCAACCCGGCGCUGACAAGGGAGAUGGUCCUGGUGGCAAUCUUGGCGUCGUUCGACCUCAAGCUCGAGUCGGAGGCUGUCAUCAUCAACCUCAACGCGCGGCCCGACCUCAACAACCUCUUGGUCCGCAUCAUCGAGUGGGUCGAGCCGCCUUCCUCCUCCACCGGGCCGCUGCCCCCGGCAAACGAGGCCCGCCUCAAGGUGGCGCUUCUGAACGGCCGGGUGGACGCGCCGGACAUCAAGUUCCUGGCCGUGAAGCCGUCCCGCCUCCGCCCGCUGCGGCGCACUUGUCUCCGCGUGCCUGGGCGCCCUUCUCCACAACUCAACGCCGCGCCCGCUGUGUACAGGCACGACGACGUGGUCGACGCGAGCGGCUACGUGCGGGAGAAGCCGGCGCAGCGCUCCUCGGCGCUGUCCUCCGCGUCCUCCGCGUCCUCCGCGCGCCUGCAGCUCUCGCGGCUGCCCGCGACCACGCCGCCGCGCGUCACGCCGGCCAUCCCCACCCCCCCGCCGCGGCCGGACCUGGUUGAGCAGGCCAACAUCCACAAGGCCAUCGCCGCCACCUCGCCCAAGGAGCACCGGGACUUCCUGAUGCAGGCCAUGGCCGACACGUCCAAGGCGACUGAACGUGUGCAGACACCCCUGCCGCUUAUCCAGGUGCGCAUCGGCGUCCACAACCGCGACUUCCUCGGCGAGGAGGUCCCGCAGGCGCUCGCGCGCCAGGCCAAGAAGGCCAAGACUGCCGACGACAAGCAGCAGAAGCGGCGCGAGGUGGAGAAGGAGGCCAAGAAGGAGGGCGCGCGGACGGCGGCGGCGGAGGUGCUGGCGCAGGCGCGCCGGCUGACGCCGGCGGACCUGCUCGGCGCGGAGGCGACGAUCCUCGCGGACAACGGCCUCGACAAGCCGCACGAGGGCGAGGAGCAGAGCGACGGCAGCGAGACCGAGGACGAGGAGGGCGACGCUGGCAAGGACGAGCUCGCCACGCGCGAGCCCUUUGCCGUCUGCCUGAAGAAGCGGUGCCGCGUGCGCUCGGACGACACGGUGAUGGUGGGCCUGUGCCAGCGCGGCAUGCCCCCCACCGAGGCGGAGCUCGACAAGAGCAACUGGCUCCCUCUCUCGCUCCUCAAGAAGGCGCACCUCGGAGGCGCCGUCAAGAAGUGGCUCGACGCGCACCACGGCGCGGACGACCAGCUGGAGCCAGGAAACUUGCCGUCGCCGCCGCCGCCCUCCACCUCGCCGUCGCCGCCGCCCUCCACCUCGCCGUCGCCGCCGCCCUCCACCUCGCCGUCGCCGCCGCCCUCCACCUCGCCCUACUGUGAGCCGCCUGCGGUGGUCGCAGCCGCCGUGAGCGGUUCUCCGAAUGCCCUCGGAUUCUACCAGAUGAACACGACAGGCCACUGUAUGAGCAACGGCAAGCACCCGGCUACGCUCCAGGCUCCAAAUCUGGUUAAUGGCGCCGGCGGGCUGCUCAACUUCGAUGCCGCGGUGGAAGUUGCGGGUGCGCUCUGUGCGAGACUAACCUCUUGCACCAGUUUCGAUGUCAACAACUAUUCGGGCUAUGAUAACUCGCCGAACUUGUACGCCAGCAACGGACAGGCGAUGCUCGAAGAGCUGCAAGGAAUGGCGUGCAACGGUGAACAUGGAGCCACCGGCCAGCCAUGGAUCGAGUUCACCAAUUGUGGCCUACCAGCGACGCAGUCUGGCGUGUGGAGGUUCUAUGACAGUCGAACGAGUGGGAACCGUUGUGCAGUCGGCGAUGACUGUCCCAUCACGGAGACUCAGACGUACGCGCACCCCACCAACGUGUGCUUUGUGAAGGGCGAGUGCGAGGCCUGCGACAACUACCCGGAAGCAAGCAGCCCGAGCCACGUCGACACGUAUUACAAAGGGGCGGACACUCCCUUUGAUUUUGCGGAACUCAACACUCCUCCCGGGGCUACCUUUGAGGACAAGCUCCAGGCUUGCAAGGACAAGUGCGACACCGACUCCUGGAGCGAUCCCAACCGCUUCACGGGCAAGUGCGUGGGCGUCGGCUACGCUGCAGACGCAAAUCACGCGGGACUGAGCUUCUGCUACGGCGUGAUGGACCCGCCGUACCAUCAGGACGCAGCCAUGGAAGGCUCGCCAAACUGGGUCCUUCUGAUGAAGGAGAACUGCGCGCCUCCGUCUGCGUCGCCGUCGCCGCCGCCUCCGUCCGCGUCGCCGUCGCCGCCGCCUCUCUCAGCCUCGCCGUCGCCGCCGCCUCCCUCCGCCUCGCCGUCGCCGCCGCCUCCGUCUGCGUCGCCGUCGCCGCCGCCGCCCUCCACCUCACCGUCGCCGCCGCCGCCCUCCACCUCGCCGUCGCCGCCGCCGCCCUCCACCUCGCCGUCGCCGCCGCCCUCCACCUCGCCGUCGCCGCCGCCCUCCACCUCGCCGUCGCCGCCGCCCUCCACCUCGCCCUACUGUGAGCCGCCUGCGGUGGUCGCAGCCGCCGUGAGCGGUUCUCCGAAUGCCCUCGGCUUCUACCAGAUGAACACGACAGGCCACUGUAUGAGCAACGGCAAGCACCCGGCUACGCUCCAGGCUCCAAAUCUGGUUAAUGGCGCCGGCGGGCUGCUCAACUUCGAUGCCGCGGCGGAAGUUGCGGGUGCGCUCUGUGCGAGACUAACCUCUUGCACCAGUUUCGAUGUCAACAACUAUUCGGGGUAUGAUAACUCGCCGAACUUGUACGCCAGCAACGGACAGGCGAUGCUCGAAGAGCUGCAAGGAAUGGCGUGCAACGGUGAACAUGGAGCCACCGGCCAGCCAUGGAUCGAGUUCACCAAUUGUGGCCUACCAGCGACGCAGUCUGGCGUGUGGAGGUUCUAUCUCAGUCGAACGAGUGGGAACCGUUGUGCAGUCGGCGAUGACUGUCCCAUCACGGAGACUCAGACGUACGCGCACCCCACCAACGUGUGCUUUGUGAAGGGCGAGUGCGAGGCCUGCGACAACUACCCGGAAGCAAGCAGCCCGAGCCACGUCGACACGUAUUACAAAGGGGCGGACACUCCCUUUGAUUUUGCGGAACUCAACACUCCUCCCGGGGCUACCUUUGAGGACAAGCUCCAGGCUUGCAAGGACAAGUGCGACACCGACUCCUGGAGCGAUCCCAACCGCUUCACGGGCAGGUGCGUGGGCGUCGGCUCCAGUUGUAGUUCCCACAUGACGCUCCCAUCUUGA